AUGGAACCAGAUCUUUGCUUUCUCCAAGAACGGUUGCAGCGUCGUUUGUUGAAAAUUGUGGUGAAGGACAAGGAUGUGGUGCUGGAUGACUUCAUUGGCAGGAUCCAGUUUGAUCUCAGUGAAGUCCCAAGACGCGCUCCACCAGAUAGUCCCUUGGCACCCCAGUGGUAUAGGUUGGAGGACAAGAAAGGAGAGAAGAUCAAGAAAGGGGAGAUCAUGCUAGCUAUUGGAAAGGAACUCAGGCGGAUGAGGCAUUUUCUGAAGCCUGGCAUUCUGAUGCAGCAUCUGAAUCAUGCACAGAAGACUAGGAUAUUAAAAAGUGUUAGCGCAAUGUGGAAUGAGGAUUUGCUGUUUGUGACCGCUGAACCAUUUGAGGAUCCUCUGGUGAUAAGUGUAGAAGAUAGGAUUGGAGCAAACAAAGAUGAAAUCUUAGGCAAGUGUGUGCUCCCAUUGCACACCAUCCCCAGGAGGUUUGACAAUAAGGCUGUGCCUGCCAGGUGGCAUAAUUUAGAGAAACAUACCAUUAUUGAGGGCGAGAAGAAGGAGAUCAAAUUUGCUAGUAAGAUCCAUCUUCGGAUCUGUUUGGAAGGCGGGUAUCAUGUUUUGGAUGAAGCAACACACUACAGCAGUGAUCUCAGGCCAACAGCAAGGCCACUGUGGAAGUCCAGCAUUGGUCUUUUGGAACUGGGGAUCAUAAGCGCCACUGGCUUGUCACCAAUGAGGACAAUAGACGGUCGAGGCACCACAGAUGCCUUUUGUGUGGCUAAGUACGGGCAAAAAUGGGAUUCAAGAAUUGGGAAGGUGAGGAUUAGGUUGUCCACGCUUGAAAGCGAUCGAGUUUAUACACACUCCUAUCCUCUGAUCGUCCUACAAACUUCAGGAGUGAAAAAGAUGGGAGAGAUUCAGUUGGCUGUGAGGUUCUCGUGCACGUCUUUCUUCAAUAUGCUGUACAAGUAUUCACAACCAUUGUUGCCAAAAAUGCACUAUGUCCAUCCCUUGUCCAUAAUCCAGAUCGAUAUGCUCAGGUACCACGCUAAUCAGAUCGUCUCAGCAAGGCUGGGCCGGGCUGAGCCACCCUUAAAGAAAGAAGUUGUGGAGUAUCUGCUGGAUGUGGGAAUCAACAUAUGGAGUUGGAAGAAUCCUAUCACAACCAUUUUAGUUCAUUUCCUGUUCAUCAUACUGGUCCUAUAUCCUGAACUGAUACUGCCCACAAUAUUCCUCUACCUCUUUGUAAUUGGAAUAUGGUACUACCGGUGGAAGCCAAGGCACCCUCCUCAUAUGGACAUCAAGCUUUCUCACGCUCACGCCAUUGGCCCCGAUGAUCUUGAUGAAGAAUUUGAUCCAUUUCCAACCCAAGGGAAGUGA